AUGGAGUCCAUUACUAGGCAGUCUGUCAGGUUAUGCCCCUUCAUCAACAAAACUGCAUCGUCAUUGAGAAAUGUGCAGACUUUGCAACAGUCGAACAUGCCCUUGCUGGCACAAAAGUGCCCUUUCAUGGGCCAAGCCAUGCAGAAAGCGCAUUUAGCUACAGCUGCUGCUCCAGAAGCCGCCAGAGCGCCUAGCGACACUGGUGCGAGCAGCCAGGCGUCGGUUCAAGACUCGAUGAUGGCAGAGCACGGGACCAAGGAGUCCAAGUUCGACUACGACGGUCUUUUUGAACGCGAAAUUCAGAAGAAGCGGACCGACAAGUCCUACCGCUUUUUCAACAACAUGAACCGGCUUGCCAAGGAGUUCCCAAUGGCCCACCGCCAGAUGGAACACGACAAGGUCACGGUGUGGUGUUCCAACGACUACCUAGCCCUCUCCAAGAACCAGCAAGUGGUUGAUGUGAUGAAAAAAACCCUGGACAAGUACGGGGCGGGAGCUGGUGGUACGAGGAAUAUCGCGGGCCACAAUCAGCACGCGAUAAGACUUGAAGCUGAAAUUGCUGCUUUGCACAAAAAGGAAGGCGCUCUAGUGUUUUCUUCCUGCUUUGUAGCCAACGACGCGGUCAUUUCCCUGCUGGGCCAAAAGUUGAAGGAUUUGGUGAUUUUCUCCGACGAACUGAAUCAUGCGUCCAUGAUUGUGGGUAUAAAACAUGCCUCUACGACGAAGCAUAUUUUCAAACACAACAACUUGGAACAUUUGGAACAGCUGUUAGCGAGUUACCCCAAAUCCACCCCCAAACUAAUUGCAUUUGAAUCCGUGUAUUCCAUGUCAGGCUCUGUGGCCGACAUUGGCAAAAUCUGCGACUUAGCCGAGAAAUACGGCGCCCUUACGUUUUUGGACGAAGUCCACGCCGUUGGUCUAUACGGUCCGCAUGGUGCCGGUGUCGCAGAGCACUGUGACUUUGAACCCCACCGCAAAGUAGGCGUUGCUUCUCCCUCGUUUGCCACCACCAUGGAUAGGGUGGACAUGAUUACGGGGACCUUGGGUAAAUCGUUUGGCACUGUCGGUGGUUAUGUCGCGAGCUCUUCCCGGCUCAUCGAUUGGCUAAGAUCCUACGCACCUGGUUUUAUUUUCACCACCUCGUUACCCCCAGCUGUGAUGGCAGGUGCGGCUGAGGCUAUCAGGUAUCAGCGCUCCCACUUGGACUUGAGGCAGUCUCAACAGAGGCACACCGCCUACGUCAAAAAAGGUUUGGCCGAUCUUGACAUUCCCGUUAUCCCCAACCCGUCACACAUCGUCCCCGUUUUGAUUGGGAACCCCGACUUGGCCAGACAAGCGUCAGAAAUUUUGAUGGACAAGCAUCGUAUUUACGUUCAGGCGAUCAACUUCCCAACAGUAGCAAGAGGUACCGAAAGAUUACGCAUCACUCCCACUCCAGGCCACACUGACGAUCUGUCAGACAUUCUACUGGAAGCUGUGGAUGAUGUUUUCAAUACAUUACAGUUGCCCCGUGUAAGGGAUUGGGAAAUGCAAGGAGGUUUAAUUGGUGUUGGUGAAGCCAACUACGAGGCGGAGCCAAACUUAUGGACUGAGGAGCAAUUACAGCUAACUAAUGGUGAUUUGCACCCUAAUGUCAAAGAGCCUAUCUUCGAUCAGCUCGAAGUGUCGUCUGGCGUCCGCGUUUGA